AUGACAGAGCAGGUAGGUCUCAAGAUCAUCACUUUGUCUCCACUUGAAAUCCAUUUCUCUCAGACUAGAAUACGGUCCGAAUUUCAAGAUGGCCGUAGCUUGCAGAUGGCCCUGGACAAGAUUGAGGACAAAGAAGUGAACUUCGAUGAGGAUGCCCUUUUGCUGGUCACUCCUUUUCCACGAAUUGAAGUGACGAGGUGGCGCUGCAAGCUUCGUGAUGAAACGGGCGCAGCUCGGGUCGAUGCGAAUGGCAUGGAAUUGUACAGCCAGGAGGAACGGUGGUUUAGCUUUGACAAUCGCCGCUUGUGGUGCUUGCAGCGCGCUGCUGUGAAGAAGUGGCCGAAGAAGGUUUACUGCGAAGUGUUUGAGAUCUCCCAGACCUUGGCAAAGACCCGAGAGCUUCGGAAGUUUGACACUCGCACCUUUGGGCUCAGUGUGUUGGUUGGGCGAAGAGAAGAGCUAAACCUGGAGAAGUGGUGCUGGAAGACUGAGGAGCCGACGUGA